AUGGCCGAAACUGAGGAGACGCGAGAUGUUCCAAAAGAAAGUUCAGAGAUGACGAGCAAAGACUAUUACUUCGAUUCCUAUGCCCAUUUUGGAAUACACGAGGAAAUGCUUAAGGACGAA